AUGACAUCCAAAAUUAAAGGUGAGCAACAAUGCUUAACUGUGGAUGAUUUAGACGAAGCAGAAAAGGCGAUCAUUUGUUAUGAACAGCAGUGUAACUUCAAUGCUGAGCUUACACUUUUAAGAAAAGGCAGGCCAGUAAAGACGGACAGCUCCUUAUCUAAACUGGAUCCGAUCUUGGAUGAGGGCAUCCUGAGGAUUGGAGGCAGAUUAAGUAAAGCAUCAAUGCCGGCAAAAGUCGGAGUCCAAAAGAUGGCAGACCUGCCAGAGGACCGAGUUACUCCAGAUUUACCACCCUUUUCACAUGUAGGCAUCGACUACUUCGGACCUAUUGAGGUAAAAAGGGGUCGUUCCCUCGUGAAGAGAUGGGGAGUGAUCUUUACCUGUCUGGCGAGCAGAGCCAUUCACCUGGAAGUGGCGAGUAUGUUGAACACAGACUCCUGCAUCAAUGCUAUCCGGCGAUUCCUUUGUCGGAGAGGGCCAAUACUCACCAUUAGAACUGACUGUGGCACUAAUUUCAUGUGUGCGCAGAAGGAAUUAGAGGCUGCUGCAAACCAGCUAGACCAUCAAAAAAUCCAUGACACUCUGAUGAUCCAACAUGUCAAAUGGCUGUUUAAUCCUCCCUUGGCAGCCCACUUCGGAGGUGUGUGGGAGAGACUCAUCAAGCUAGUGAAGAAGGUACUCCUGUCAGUGUUGAAGCAACAGACACUCGAUGAUGAGAUGUUGCACACUGCUUUUUGUGAGGUCGAAUCCAUCCUUAAUGAUAGACCAAUAACGACAGCAUCCAGUGACCCUAACGACCUUGAACCAUUGACUCCCAAUCACCUGCUGCAGUUGAAUACGAAACCACUGUUGCCUCCUGGGCUCUUUGACAGAGAAGAUCUGUAUAGCAGAAGGCGAUGGAGACGGGAGAGAUGGAUACCUGGCAAACCUGUUUUGGAAGCGAUGGACUGUUGA